CGGAUUUCAAGCGAAAUGUACAAUUACUACAUGCCACGUUUAAACUAAUUCAUUCUAAUUUUUGUUGACGAUACUGGCGGUCAAGAACACAUAAAUUUGAAAUAAGAUAUUCAACUUUUAGGAAAUAUAUUUCAGGAACUACGUAAAAUCAAUAAAAUUCACAUAUGAAGGUCUUUUAUAUAAUACAGAUUUUACGCUUACAGAAUAUGGGUUAUGGAGACGUAAUGAAUAAAUAGAUAUUAAAAUGUGCUAAAUAUAUGAAUCAAAGAGAAUAUUAGAAAUCUAACAAAUUCGCAAGCGCAGAGCUUACGUAUAUAGUUCAUGGUAAUGUAAUUUGAUUUCUCGAGACAUAAAUACACAAUGAUAAAUAGUAUUUUUGCACGGUUUGUAUAAAAAUGACAAAUUAUACAUAAAAAUAAAUAUUAUUCCUGAGGCAAAAUGAUUUUAAAGUAUGGCAAGUAUUCUAUCUUUGGAUUUUUUUUCCGUAAUAAAAUCUUAGCUUUAAAGUGUUACUGAUUUUCUCAUCGCUGAAUCGAAAUAGAAAAGAAGAAUGCAACACUACAUUACUUCAUGUUUUACAAUCAUAUAAGAUACGUAUACGUCCUAUGUUCCUUAAAACAAUAUCGAUCACUGAAUCAGAAGGUCCUUUGUUGAGAUAUCACAGUGUAUUGCCCCUAUUAAUGGCGGCACUCAAUAACGUACCUAGAAUAGUAUAAGAUACUUUGAAAUCAACCUGAGAUUAUCGCUGAGUAAGUUCACAUCUACCUGAGAUUAUCGCGAAUUUCAGUUAUAUUAGAUUACAUUGCGGAAAUAUUUAUACAACUACGUGUUAUUCGAAUAAAUAUGGUCAAGUAUUGACACCAGGCCUUCUGAUUAUUUAAUGCAAGACUUCAUGAGAUUUAUACGAAAUUUUGAUAUCAUCCUAACUAAAUAUCGAACUAGAAACAUUUCUUUUAUAUCAAUAAUUUCCUUGUAUACGGAAUGGCCAUUAAAAAUGUACUCGUCAUUCACAUUACAAACGGAUCUUUGACACAGAAAGUUCCCGAACACUGAUUGACUUCACUCUGAAGAACUUCUGAAGAACUGUUUUUUCGUGGAAGCUCCUUCGCUUUGCUCCUUAUGCAUGCUGAUUGGCGUCACGCUGUGAGUCUCAUGUCAAAAUGGCAGCAAUGAACCUGAAACUGAUUCUCUGCAUCCUCCCUGGUCUGAUAGCCGUUUCGUCAGCGGCACGUCAGUUCCAAGUAGAAUUUCAAGCUGUGUCAAGUGAUUAUCCACACGACUACGUUGUCAAAGUGUACAUUGAUGGAUAUUGGGGAACAAUCUGUGCCGAUGACUGGGAUAUGAACGACGCCGAGGUAGUCUGCAAAGAAAAAGGUCUUGGAUAUGCGAAUACUAUUACGGUCAGUGGUACCCUGCCGACUCUAAAUUUGGACAGUGGGGCAAAGUGUUUAUCCUCGGUGAGAUGCUACGGCCAUGAAGAUCGCCUCUCGGAAUGCCCAGAACCUACAUUAAGACCAAGAGGAAGUGGAGGCAAUGACAAGGCCGUAGUGUGUUAUCCUCCCGCAAGUGAUGCAGGUUUGCGACUCAAUUACGGACCUGAUCAGUAUUCAGGCUGGGUAGAGGUUAAGCUGUCAAGUGGCAGUUGGAGUAAUUUGUAUGGUGGAUUUUUAGUAUGAUUGGUAUUUUAUUUGAAGCCGGCGAGCAUCUGUCGUCAGCUUGGAUUCGGGGAGCUCAACUGGUGGGAUAUUUUGAUCAUAUAGCAGCUCGAUCAGUAUGACUAGAGUGUCGAGUUGCGCUUACGGGAUUGCGGACUACAGAAGCUAUACGGUUUUUUCGAUCCGCAUCAGGGAUAGAAUAAUGUAAAAAUAGCAGUUAGGUGUAGCAAACUUGCAGAGUGAUGUCAGGGUUUUGUCUUCAACCAAUAUUUAAAACUCAAUGGAAUGAAUACUAACAUGUUAUAUUUUGAUUAUGUGCAUGUGAAUACAAGUAUCAUAUUGUACGUUUACGUUGUUCUCAUAUUUCGUCAAUCAUAUUUUCGUUACCCUAUAAAAUCAUUUCAUUGUAUUGUGUCAUUAUUUACAAGAGCUCCUGUAAGAAGUAAGCUGACCAAACUUGGCCCUUAAAUUGUUCGUGAACGGAGCAGCAAGCAGGAGGGCACCAUGCCAUUGCCAGGACGAAGCUCUUAAUUUUAGUGAGUGAUUCAAGAAUGUAUUCUUGAUAAUGUUUGUUCUUUUUUAUUAUGCAAUGUAAGAUGUACAUGACAUGUGUCGAAUAUAUUUAAUUUGCCUAUGCAUACAAAGUAGCUGUUGCUAUCGCCAAGAGCGUUUUCAAGCGGCGCGCGCGCAUGAAAUGUCACCGUUAUUUUAUAUCAUUUGUACUUGCUUUCUUGGUUCCUUUUCUUGAGCGCUGAAAUUGAUCUGCCAUCUCGUUGGUCAAACAGUUUUGUGAAUCGAUCACGUUUAUAGUUUAAAAUUGUCAAUUCGUAGGAAAUACUUUCUAACGAGCAUUUAUCAUUUGAAUUUCCUGGUUGGUUUAAGGGUCUAUUACAUCUUAAUGUUUAACAGGUGCAUGCUGACGGACCUAUGGCAAAGCCCUUUUGUUAUUUCCAUUUUAAAGGAUUUUGAGAACUCAUUUAUUUCGUGAUUUAAAUUGUAACAUUUUUAUAUUACAUUACAUUUUAUAUU